GCCCAACGGAAGAAGACGGUAAGGCGAGAGCGCAAAGGCGGUCGGCGUUUCAAGAGUUGCUCCAUGUCUGCGGUGGCGUCUUGGAAUCUCUUGGCCAUUAAGGCUCCCUUCUCAGUGGUGGCUAAUGGCCGCCCACACCUCGCCCCCAGUGUCCUCCACCUGAAAGCCCCCACCUUGAGGGGCAUCGGGAUGCAGCUGCUAACCCCAGCCCCGUUCCGAACCCGCGCGAUGGUCGACGACGACGAGCGGGGCGAGGAGGGCGGCGUGGCGGUGGCGCAGCCGCCGGCAGUGAGCGAGGCUGGCGAGCUGAAGAAGAAGCUGAUUGAUCUGCUGUACGGGACGGACCGGGGGCUGAAGGCGUCAAGCGAGACGAGAGCGGAGAUCCUGGAGGUCAUCACCCAGCUCGAGGCCAAGAACCCUACGCCCGCUCCCACCGACGCCCUCGCCCUCCUCAACGGCAAAUGGAUCCUCGCUUACACUUCGUUCUCGGGAUUGUUCCCCCUUUUGUCGUCGGGGCGGCUGCCGGAGCUGGUGAAGGUGGACGAGAUAUCGCAGACUAUUGAUUCGGAGAGCUUUACGGUGCAGAACUCGGUGAAGUUUUCGGGGCCUCUGGCGACAACCUCCGUCACCACCAAUGCCAAAUUCGAAGUCCGUAGUCCGAAGAGAGUGCAGAUCAAAUUCGAGGAAGGCAUAAUUGGAACCCCACAGCUAACAGAUGACAUCGUUAUACCUGACAAAGUAGAGUUCCUGGGGCAGAAUAUCGACCUCUCUCCGUUCAAUGGCGUCAUCAGUUCCAUCCAGAAUGCAGCAGCAUCUGUGGCUCGGACCAUCUCAGGACAGCCGCCGCUAAAAAUACCAAUAAACAACACUAAUGUUCAAUCCUGGUUGCUAACCACCUAUCUCGACGAGGAGUUAAGAAUCUCAAGAGGCGACGCUGGCAGUGUCUUUGUGCUUACCAAAGAAGGCUGCUCACUUUAGGCUUGUGCAAGUGUGUUUAUGGUGCAUGGAGUUUGGUAUACUAUCUAACACAGAUGCUAGUGGGAAAAAUAAAUGUGAACAGGAUAUAUGCCCUUUCAGUUAAUAGUACAAAUUAAAUGUGCAUGGUUUUGAUA